UAGUCACUAACAUCAAUAUCACCACUACGAGCCCACUCCGUUUUAGUUUUUGGUUAUUCUUUUAGUUAUUCUUUUGUUAAUUCUUUGUUCAGAGCAGCACUAAGUUUGCUUUGGUCAACCGUUUUGACCAGGCAACGUGCGUGCCAAAGUGCCUUAGCCGUCGAAUUUAUGUGGGAUAAUUAAAAUCGUGUAAUUUAGCCUCGAUGGUGCUGUUGUUUUAGCCAACUAAUAAGCUAGCGGAGCCCCAAUCGGUCAAAAAGCAGCGCGCGGUUUGGAAAUGCCACUGAAGUUCUUGAAGAAAUGUCGCCAGUACAAUGUUACGUCGAAGAGCUUGUUUGUUAUAUCAGUGCAUCACCUGCUGGACACCUCCAGCACAGUGGAUUGCACGAUCAGCGCGGAGAGCAAAGGGCUGGAGUGCCUGGACAACGUUUGCCAGCGCCUCUUGAUUCAGCAGCCAGAGUUUUUCGGACUGCGCUACUUGGUCAAGGGUAAGGACAAGGAAGACGAGUUUAAAUGGAUUGACCUUGAGCGCUCGCUCAGCCGGCAGCUGGAAAAAUACGCGGCAGGGCCGAAAAUAUACUUGCGUGUGCGCCACUACGUGACAACGGGCGUUCGCCACCUGAGCGACGAGGCCACGCGCUUCUACUACUUUUUGCAGCUCAAGAGCGACAUCUACGAAGGGCGCAUUACCUGCGACAUCCGCACGGCCAUUCUGCUGGCGCUCUACUGCCGACAGGCGGAGUACGACACCUACCAGGGCGACAAGCAGAGCAAGGACUAUUUGAAAAAGUCGCUGGUCCUGCCGCGCAACAUGCAGGGCUUGGCUAACGACGACAGCAUGUUGGAGGGUCUAAUCGUGGAGGUCCUGCAGCAGCAGGCAGGUCUGACCCAACGCGGUCAGAGUCAGGCGGAGGAGAUGUACAUACAAUGCUGCCAGCAGCUCGAUGGCUAUGGGGAGGAGCGUUUCGCCGCCAAAGACACGCUCGGCAAUGAUCUGCUACUGGGCCUCGCCAUCAACGGGAUGGUGGUCAAUGCGGACAAUGGGCGCCAGUAUUUCCCGUGGAAGGACUUCCACACGGUGACAAUCGACAAGCGCACGAUCAAGAUCGAGCAAAACAAGCUGGACGGUGGCGGCAGCAUAGUGGGCAGCUUUAUUUUCGGCGAGGCCGACAUGGCGCGCUACUUCUGGAAGCUCACCAUCAGUCAACAUAAGUUCUUUAAGCGCUACAUUGACACCGCCACACCUCCGAGCCUGGGAAGUGGUGCAGAUGUGGAGAGCGGUCAGGUGGGGUUGGAUACUGUCGGUUACGUGGAUUAUGACUACGUCGAAUCAGCCGAGCAAUUACAACAGCAUCAGCAGCAACAUGUUCAGCAGCAACAACAGGUUCAGAAACAGCAUCAGUUGAUCUCAUCGAACAUUUCGCUGGCCGCCAGUGCCAGCCAGCUAUUAGGACAGAGCAGGUCCUGCCUAGACUUAAGCAACAGCAACCUGCACAGCAGCAGUGGCAUGCUACACCAUGGAAGCAGCAACAAUAACAAUAACGAGGACCGGGAGCGACUCAAAGCGAUGCUUCCCACAUACCGUCCUGCACCAGACUAUGAGACCGCAGUACAACUAAAGUACCGCACACCUUCGGCUGAGCUGCACAACGUGACAGUUGCAUUGGCAGCUCCUGGGAAUGCAUACUAUGCGGGGUCCCAGCCGGAUGUCCACAAUACAGGCUUGCAUAACGAAAACUUGCUGUAUGGUCACCUGACUGCGCAUCGUUAUCCAGAUGUGGCACAGCCGGCCGCUGCCCUACACCACCACAUCAACCUGUACCCUAUGCAACAUCAGCAACCGCAGUCACAUUUACAGCCCAUGAGUACGGCGCAGGCGUAUUUGGAGCUCUCACAGCGUAUGCAACUAAUGCGUCAAAAAGUGCCGCCGCCGUAUGUCAAUAGGCUGAGUUCCUCCUCCACGCCCGAUCUGGCAGUGGCUACGCCCCGUCCGCUGCAGGGCUACCGGAACUAUGUAAGCGGCUCAUCUCCGGAUCUAGUCUCCAACCGCACACUCUUCAAUGGCGGCCAGUUCUUGGCUAUGGCCGCUGGGGGACAUGCCGGAAACAUUCCCACCUCCUCCGGAGCCACUAUGCUUCACCAGUACCAGCAUGUGAGCCACAUGGGGCACUCGCAGCCUUACCUGCCUGCGCACGGCACUUUCGAAAACCUCAACAUGAUUGAGGAGCAACCGUCCAUAAUGUCACAGCUGCGUCAGUCAGCGAUGAGCCAGGCAGCUGCUGCAGCUGCGGCGGUCGUGGACACACAGAGUUCGCCUACCCUGCCUCCAAGUGGAUAUCGCCCAUCUGUCCCACCGCCAGCCAGCAGUCCGCUACCACCGCCGUUGGCAGCUUCUACGCAUCAGUCGACCACGCCCGCUCUCCUUCAGCGGAGCUUGCUGAACGGUUCCAUCGAGCCCAUAUACGAGAAUGUUCCUCUACCACAGCGAGCCUCUGACGACAGCUCUGGGGCCGUUCAUACCGAAACUAUGCGACAGCGAGCUUCGUCCAUACAGUCUGCCCCAAGUGUUGUUCCUGUUCCAGUUGCAAGGAACGCCAGCACGAAUAACCUGGUCACUGUCACAGUCAAUUCCCAGCCUGACGACGACAACAUAAAGAAGUACGGGGCGGACCGGGCGGCAGAAACAGAACUGCUUUUCCUGGAGCCGCAGGCACCUAAGCGCUCCACCAGAGCCGCCAGUGCUGCUCCGAAUAUGGGAACCGCGACUCCGCCACGUCAAAAUUCCUUCACAGCCAGCCUUAAUAAGUCGACAACAGUUGAGGCGAACUGGUCGGGAGAAUCACUGCAACAGCAAUUAUGUGCCAUGAAUCUUUCUUCUAACACUUCGGCUUCCACCUCCUCCGCGUUUAAUUCGACGCUGGACACCACGUCAUCGUCAGCGGCCAGCAAGGACUUAAAGCGCAAGAAGCGCUGGAACUUCUUGUCGCGAAGCAAAACACCCGAGAAGCAGAAGUCUGCCACGCUGGGCAGGGAAAAGGCCUUGACAGUAAGUCAGCACGCCAAGCUGGCGGCAAAGUUAAAGCUGGCCCAAGAUGACCUCAACCUGCCAAAUCGUUGGUCCACGGGCGUUAGCAAGCCGCAUCCAAUUUCCGGGAGAUUUUCCAAGGACAAGCUGUGCCAAAUACUAGACGAGAAGCUAACUGACUCGCAGUUAUUUAUGGAGUUUGAACGCAUACCGAAGCGAAGGGAGCACGCACUAUACGAGUGCGCCCUGCUGGAAGAGAACGAGCCAAAGAACCACGACCCAAACUUUUUGCCCUACGAUGACAACAGAGUGCGACUGACGCCAUCGAUGGAAAAUCGUCAUGGUUACGUUAAUGCAUCUUACAUAUCUGCCACAGUCGGCACUAAGCAGCGAUUUUACAUUGUGGGCCAAUCCCCGCAAAAAUCGCAAAAUAUGCGCAUCUUUUGGCAGUGUGUCUGGGAGGCAGAUGUGUAUUUGGUGGUCCAACUAACUGAGGAUAUGAGCUAUAUUCCCCUUAGCAGUCAGCAGCGUCUGGAGUUUGGACAAUUCCAAGUGUAUCAGGAAUUCUCACAAACCACCGAUCGCUGCACCACCAUAAAGUUGCGCCUGUACCAUGUACCAUCACGUCGGUACCGUUCCGUCUGGUAUCUGCAGUAUGCAGACUGGGCGGAGCAAAAUUGUCCCAGCGACGUAAAUCACUUUCUUGACUUUCUCGAAGAGUUAAACUCAGUAAGACUAGCAUCAUCCCAAGAAGUUCCGCCGGGACAUAACACAAACCCACCGGUACUUAUACACUGUCUGGAAGGUGGUGGACGUUCGGGCGUAACCCUUACUGCGGAUCUUCUGCUUUAUACUCUGGAUCACAACGAGGACUUAGAUAUACCUCGUGUUAUUGGCCAGCUGCGGCAUCAGCGGGACAGCAUUAUACCUUCCCUGGCGCAAUACAAGUUUAUAUACAGUCUUCUCAUUACGUAUUUAAAACGCACGAGGUUAAUUUAAGUUGAUUUUGAACAAAAGGUGAAUCUUGGCUAAUGUGUUCUUUCGUUGUUUAAGCUUGAAUUUAUUUGUACAAUUUUGUUUUAAACUAACUAACAAAACUAGUUAUACUUUAAGCUUAAGCCACUAAAAUGUUACCUUUUAAACAUGUAUUAUUUUGUUCAGAAAUAUUGUUUUUAAUUGGCAGCUGUUAAUCUUUAAUAUUGUUACAUUUCUAUAGUAACUGGUUUUUAAGCUUAGAUUUGUUACCUAAACCCCUUUAAGCGGCUUCUUCCUAAAAAUAUAUUUAGCGAUAACAUAGUUCUUUUGGUAAGCCUAUUAAAACGCCAGUUAACUAAUCACAGGUUAAGAGCCUUAUAUUUUAUAAAAA